AUAAAACCUCUACUACUGUCUUAUCCUUUGAACACCAAUGAUUGAUCUAGGGUCUUUGGUACCUUCUAAGCACCAAGCAGCGGGCCAUGAUGGCUGCUUGAUAUCAGAAGACUCGUCGAGUGUGUUUGCAAAGUUGACUAAUCAACAAGAAAUUGAUUUUUAUCUCGAAAGUCAAUCAAUUAAUGAUGAUUCACCCAUUGGUUCAGUGCUAAGUGAUUGGAUGCCAAUUUUUUACGGAACUUUGACUCAGGGCACCCGAGAAAAGCCUUCAAAUGAAACAAUUGUUAUGAAGACUGAUGAAGUAGUUGAAGGCGAAUCGAGAAAUGAUGAUGAUAAACAAUAUAUUGUAUUACAAAAUUUAUAUUAUACUUUUAGUAAACCAAAUAUAUUGGAUAUCAAAUUGGGAUCCAAAUUGACUGAUAACACUGUUACUCCAGAGAAAGAAGAACGUCUUCGUCAAGUAAGUCGGUCAACAACGAGCGGUAGUCAUGGAUUUAGAAUUUGCGGAAUGAAAAUUUAUGAUAACAAUAUUAAGUUCCCUUCAAAAUUAGAGUCUUUAAGUGAUACUUUUACCUUGACUGAUUCUUAUUACCAAUUUGAUAAGUUCUUCGGAAGAUCAUUGAAUGAAUCAAACAUCGUGGAAGCAAUUGAUCUAUAUUUCAAUGUUGGUAACUUAUCUUAUCAAAGAAAAUUAUUAACUAGAUUUUUACAGAGGUUACAGUUAAUUUACAAUACAUUGAUUGAUUCUGAAGUUAGAAUAAUAUCAGGUUCUCUUUUGUUUAUCUAUGAAGCUGACUUAAGUAAAUGGAGUCAUGUUAAUGAUGUCAACUAUGAAGAAUUAGACCCAUUGGUAAGUAAAAAUGAAGCAAAUGAUGAUGAUAGCGAUGAUGAUGAAAAUGAUGAAAAUGGGCCUUUGAGCUCUUUGAAUUUAAUUGAUUUUGCUCAUGCUAAAUAUGAAUUGAAAAUUUAA